UCCUGCCACAUAGCUGAAGACGGCGUCGGUGCAGGCGUUCCCUGUUUCUACUUGGAAACCAACUUCAUGUUUACUCCGAUCUCUGGCCGUCGGUAGCGGCGUCAGUGCAGACAGACAGGGAAAGGUAACGGAGGUAACUACACUUUUCUUUCAGCACAAGCUGAAGUCAUCGCAGAAGGACAAGGUUCGGCAGUUCAUGUCCUUCACACAGGCAGGGGAGAGGACGGCCGUGUACUGCCUGGCACAGAAUGACUGGAAACUAGAAAUUGCCACAGACAACUACUUCCAGAACCCAGACCUGUACUACAAAGAAUCCAUGAAAACCUCAGUGGACCGCAAGAAGCUGGAGCAGCUCUACAACAGAUACAAAGAUCCCCAGGAUGAGAAUAAGAUAGGCAUCGAUGGGAUCCAGCAGUUCUGCGAUGACCUGACUCUGGACCCGGCGAGCAUGAGCAUACUGGUGGUGGCAUGGAAGUUCAGAGCGGCCACGCAGUGUGAGUUCAGCAGGAAGGAGUUCGUGGAUGGCAUGGCAGAGCUAGGGUGUGACAGCCCUGAAAAGCUUAAAGCUAUUCUUCCCAGACUAGAGCAGGAGCUGAAAGACUCAGGAAAGUUCAAAGACUUCUAUCAGUUUACCUUCAAUUUUGCCAAGAACCCAGGCCAGAAAGGUUUAGACCUGGAGAUGGCUGUAGCUUACUGGAAUCUAGUUCUCACAGGUCGCUUCAAGUUCUUGGAUCUGUGGAACCGCUUCCUGCUGGAGCAUCACAAGCGGUCAAUUCCCAGGGACACAUGGAACCUCCUCCUGGACUUUGGCAAUAUGAUUGCAGAUGACAUGUCAAAUUAUGAUGAGGAAGGGGCCUGGCCCGUCCUCAUUGACGACUUUGUGGAAUUCGCUCGGCCGAUCGUGAUAGGGACCAAAUGCAACGCAACAUAAUGUUCGUCCCAGCUUCAUGCAGCAGAUGGAGUUUGCGUUUCUUCCAGUUUUCUUUUCCUGAAUGAGGUUUUGAUACAAACAAGCCAAAAAUGAGACUACUAAAUAAGCCUGACUGCAGCUUGCCGUUAGGAUUGUUCUUCCAACUGCAUAAGAUGCCUCGGAAAGGGAGAGACCUGGACAAGCCAUUUCAAAUGGAAAGCAGGAAUCAACCAGAGAGAGAGAACUAUAAAAAAAAAAAAAAAUGUUUUUAAGUUGUUGCUGACAGUGAACGAACUCUGGAAAUGCGAUGUGAAAAAGUUGGGUACGCUCAAACUGGGUGUAGAACUGCACCUGUGGACUCACUAAUCAGCACCCUCGGUACAGUGAGUCAAAGAGCUUCUGGCACGCGUAGAGGAUUAAGUCACUGAUGCAGUCGGGUUGUACGCUGAACUCUGCAUGUUUUGAGAGCUUCUGUGAAGUGUUGCCAUGGAUGUUGUUGGGGGGUAAAGUCAUUUUCACUGAGAUUGCGAAUGUGUUGCUCUCUAACAAUUACGCUGAGAGCGGGAGCUUGCUCGUCACUGUGUGAGGGUUAAACAUAUUGCCUCGUUUACAAUACAAUGCCACACUCCUCAGUUAUGAUUACAUAAAAGGCUAGGAAAUUACGAUUCACCUUAAACUGAGUGAAAAUAUUUAGCUCCACAGUUUGCGUUCAGACUUGGAGAGAGGCGCGUGUUUGAGCACCAGCAGAAUAAUGAGACUUUUUUUUUUAGACCAAAACUUUGACUUCAAUGGUGAAAACUUGGAGAUGGGUCAGUUUCACGUUAAUGUUCAUCACUGCUUUAUACCGAUGAUCCCUUCUGAACAUUUAGCUCUCUCCAUCAAUAAAAGCUGGAUUUUUGUGCUGCUCCUGCGAGCUGUGCCUCCUGCAGAGGUCCUGAGAACGAGGGAGGUCUUUCUUCUGGAUUGGGAAUAACCAAAAAAAAAAAAAAAA